GGCGCGCCUAACGAAAUUCUGAGAAUCAAGUGCGUUCUUUUGAAAAUGGAAACGAAAGGAAAGGUUGCAGUCGUUGGAAGCGGUCUUAUUGGUCGUAGCUGGGCAGUUUUGUUCAGUAAAGCUGGAUACUCAGUAUGUUUAUACGACACUGAUGUAAAACAACUUGAAGCAGCACUUGGAAGCAUAAAAACUACCUUGGAUGAGUUUGAAAAUAAGGAACUUCUCUGUGGACCAAUUAAAACAGCUAACGAUGCGUUUAAACUUAUCUCCACUACUGAAAGUUUGUCUGAAGUUGUAAAAGACUCUAUAUUUCUGCAAGAGUCUACACCUGAAAAUCUGGAGUUAAAGCAGAAAGUGUUCAAACAGUUGGAUGAAUUAGCAUCAGAUGAUAUUGUCCUGAGCAGUUCGUCAUCAUGUUUGUAUCCCUCCAUGUUUACAACAAACUUAAAACACAAAAGUCAAUGUAUAGUUUCACACCCGGUCAACCCACCGUACCUUGUUCCAUUAGUAGAAGUUGUACCAUCACCUGAUACGGAUAAGGCAAUUAUCGACAAAACGAUGGACAUUAUGAAGGAUAUUGGACAAGCGCCAGUGUUGGUAAGAAAGGAGGUGAAUGGGUUUUUGCUGAAUCGGUUGCAGUAUGCAGUGCUGAUGGAGGCCUGGAGACUAGUUGAGGACGGUGUAUGCACGCCAGAAGAUAUAGAUACCACAAUGACGGAGGGUUUAGGAUUGAGAUAUUCUCUGAUUGGUCCAUUUGAAACGAUACAUUUAAACGCUCCGCAAGGUGUGAAAGAUUAUUGCGAGAGGUAUGGUGCGAAUAUCGAAGUAAUAUCUAAAGAACAAUCAGACACAAGGUCAUGGAGUGGAACCACUGUUGACAGAAUACACGAAGCUAUGUGUAAAACCAUGCCUGUGGAAUCUUUACCAAAACGCCGUGAGUUGAGAGAUAAACGGCUGGCUGCGUUAGCCCUUCACAGAUCAAAAGAGGACAGUUAACUACAUUUUAUUAGAGCGUCAAAGGUACACCGUACAUAAAUUGUAUCGGUCAUAGCGAGAAUAGAAAGCUGGACGAUGACUGUUAAAUCCUCAAUUAUGUUGAGGACGCUUAUUUCCCGACGUCUUGUAGUAUUAAAAUCGAAAAAAUAUAAUAGCCCAAAUUAGAA